AUACUCACUUUAAUGGAGACAUUUAAAUUGUAUUUCCACCUCCACCUCCUUAACUAGAAUGUUUUUUAUUGUCAUUGUUUUUUUUUUAGGGCAAGCUUGUAUUUAUAAUCAGCUUUUCUUGUCAAGACGUCUCACGGCCUCGGCUUCUGAUUCGAGUUGCGCGCGCGUUCUGUCCGAGCAUUACGGUAAACCAAAAACGGAGGAGGAGAGACAGACCGUGAACGACAAGGAACCUUUUACGCAACAUGUGUACACGCUGGCUUUCAAAAAUGAUACCCCUGAAGUUACUUGUGUGAUUUUUUUUCCCGACCCGAGAGGAGCUACGGUUAUCACAGCUGGCCCUCAUCCACUCCACCUAACCCCCCGCGACUGCGCGCGCGCUGCUCACCGUGUCCUGGUUCUGGCUGUGGUUCCCCGACGGACGGACGAGCUGCGGUGGACUGAGCCGUGAGGCUCCGGACUGAUGUCUCUGCCCGUUAGGAACCUAAAGUGUCUCUCUCCGGUCAUGUGCCAGUGUAAGCUCAUCUGCAGCAACCGGACCCUGUCUCUCAUGUUCGGAUGCAAGAAGUACAGGUACCAGGAUGAGGAGACGCCCCCCUUGGAGCACAGUCCAGCUCAUCUGGCUCCAGGGAAAAGUGCAGAGAUGCUUCAUAUGAGUGACAAGAACCUUGCUGCCAUGGAGGCCAUUCAUGGCUACACGCCACACACGCAUAUCUCUCCUGUGAAGCCUGUGUUGAUGUCUACAGGACACACUCCAAUGUACACCUCKGCAGUUUCCACUCUGGGAAAUACUCCUCCAGUGGUGGUGAACACUGACACGCUCGAUGGCUCGCCAUACGUCAACGGGACAGAAGGAGAAAUCGAGUACGAGGAAAUCACAUUGGAGAGAGGCAACUCAGGCCUGGGCUUCAGCAUAGCAGGGGGAACAGACAACCCUCACGUGGGUGACGACCCCAGUAUCUUCAUCACCAAAAUCAUACCGGGAGGAGCCGCAGCUCAGGACGGACGGCUGAGUGUGAACGACUGCAUCCUAUUUGUGAAUGAUGUGGACGUGAGGGAGGUGACGCACAGCCAGGCCGUGGAGGCUCUGAAGGAGGCAGGUGCUAUUGUCCGCCUCUACGUUCUCCGCCGAAAACCAGCAGCAGAAAAAGUCACUGAAAUCAAACUCAUCAAAGGGCCUAAAGGAUUAGGGUUCAGCAUUGCUGGAGGGGUGGGAAACCAGCACAUACCAGGAGAUAACAGCAUCUAUGUCACCAAGAUCAUCGAAGGCGGGGCGGCUCAUAAAGACGGGCGUCUGCAGAUCGGAGACAAGAUCUUAGCGGUGAACAACGUGUGUCUGGAGGACGUGAUGCACGAGGAUGCAGUGGGAGCGCUGAAGAACACAGGCGAGGUGGUGUACCUCAGGGUGGCCAAGCCAAACAACCUGUUUCUGACCAACUCUUACAACCCACCAGACCUCACCAGCACAUAUUCCCACAUGGAUACUGAUCUCAGCCACCCCAACUUCCUAGGAUCCGAUUAUCCACAAGCCCUCACUCCAACCUCACCGAGUCGGUUUUCUCCUGUUCUGCACGGCUUGAUGGGAGACGACGAUGUCCCUAGGGAGCCUCGGCGCGUUUUGAUCCACCGAGGCUCUACAGGCCUGGGCUUCAACAUCGUUGGAGGAGAAGAUGGAGAGGGAAUCUUUAUCUCCUUCAUCCUGGCAGGAGGGCCGGCUGAUCUCAGCGGAGAGCUUCACAAGGGCGAUCAGAUCCUCAGCGUUAAUGGCGUGGAUCUGCGUAUGGCCACACAUGAACAGGCCGCCGCGGCGCUGAAGAACGCCGGUCAGACUGUAACCAUCAUUGCUCAGUACAGACCCGAAGAGUACAGCCGCUUUGAGGCUAAAAUCCAUGAUUUGAGGGAACAGCUGAUGAACAGCAGCAUGGGAUCUGGGACUACAACGUUAAGGAGUAACCCAAAGAGAGGAUUCUACAUCAGGGCUCUUUUCGACUACGACAAGACUGCGGACUGYGGCUUCCUCAGUCAGGCUCUGGGCUUCAGGUUCGGGGACGUGCUGCACGUGUUGGAUUGUGGAGAUGAAGAGUGGUGGCAGGCCCGUAAGGUCAGCCCGCAGAACGAGGCCGAGGAGGUCGGCUUCAUCCCCAGCAAGCACAGGGUGGAAAGAAAAGAGUGGUCUCGUGUUAACACCAAAGAAAGGGACCACGGUCGAGACAACAUGAGCACUCAAGGGAGAGAUAAAACCCCACACAGUUAUGAGACUGUUACUCAAGUGGAAGUACAUUACGCGAGGCCCAUCAUCAUUCUGGGUCCGGUGAAGGACAGGAUAAAUGAUGACCUGUUGUCUGAGUUCCCUGAUAAGUUUGGAUCUUGUGUCCCUCACACCACACGACCCAAGAGGGAGUACGAGGUGGAUGGGCGAGACUAUCAUUUUGUGUCCUCACGAGAACAGAUGGAGAAGGACAUCCAGAGCCACCGGUUCAUCGAGGCGGGACAGUACAACAGCCACUUGUACGGCACAAGUGUCCAAAGUGUCCGCGAGGUGGCAGAGCAGCAGGGGAAACACUGCAUCCUGGAUGUCUCUGCUAACGCCGUGCGCAGACUACAGGCAGCUCAGCUUCAUCCCAUCGCCAUUUUUGUCCGGCCCAAGUCACUGGAGAAUGUUCUAGAAAUCAACACUCGUCUGACGGAGGAGCAGGCCAGGAAAGCAAUGGACCGAGCCCUCAAGCUAGAACAAGACUUCCUAGAGUGUUUCUCAGCUGUCGUGGACGGGGACAGCUUUGAGGAGGUUUAUCACAAAGUAAAGACAGUGAUUGAGGAGCAAUCAGGGCCUUACAUCUGGAUCCCCACUCGGGAGAGGCUGUGAUGCUGCUGCACCCACCCCAGGCCACCCCGACCGACCCGACCCACGACGAACCGACCGACCRACCACCCCUCUCCAACAAAGCCACCAACCGACACCACCCUUCACCCUCACGGCCGAGCCAGCCUCGCCUGCCUGCGAAUUCCUCCAGYGAAGUCAGUGCUUAUAGGCAAUCACUGCAGCUGACAGAGAGACAAACACGGGAUGUGACACAGCGAKGCGAAGGAUACCAAAUAACAACAAAAAAGAGACUUUUUGAUAGCUGUAAACACAGUGAUGUUAAACUGAAGGAGGUCUUACCAGUAUUCCACUUUAAUGAGAGCAGGACUUGAUAUUGAUCAGCAUUAAAAAUAACUCCUGUUUGGAGCUGUGACUGCACCCUUUAGUGAUACCAUAACUUGCACAUAACUGCGUCUAAACCCAAACAGAUGCAUUUCCCCCACCUGWUAAGUACAUAAAAUAACAAAUUAGGAUGGAACAGUUUGGUUUAAGCAGAUUUAAAUGACAUGAAGGUGCCARGUGAGAGCAGCAGUUCUUAUGUGGAUCUAAAUGCAGCAAGUCUGACAAAGUAUCAGGUCAGAUAACAAAGAUGAAGCUAUUUGUUCUGCCUAGUUUCUAAUCAGGAAUAUGGGAAGACCUAAAACAAGAGGGUUGGGACCAAGGGUUCAAAGGAGCAGAGAAUUUCUGGAAGCUCUCCAUGGGAAGUUAAGGUGGGGGUUUUGUAAAUGUUCCAUAUUGGAAACCUUACAUGGGCAUAAUGGGAAUUAACUGAAAACUGGGGGUAAUUUACAUGAACUGCUUCAUAUUUAGACAAAAAUAGAAAUGUUAUGUUUCGUUAUAGGCAAAAAAUGGUUUGUUUUUUGUGACUAUAUUCACAUAAAAAUAUAAUGGAAACAAAGAUAUUUCAUAUAACAGAAUAUUGUUAAAACGUCUACAUUUUUAUUGCACARCUCUGAACAAAAUCUUUUGCAUGAUUUUGAGCAAUUAUUUAGGCGUUUUUCUGUCAUUUUAUUUGCAGCAUAUCAAAACUAAUUUCAGUAAAUUUCACAUAAAAACUAUUUACAACUCAGAGCUAAACUUUUUACAGGUUAAUAUUUUCAUGUAUCCCUAGAUGAUCGAGAGAUAAUUUAUCAUUUUUUAGAGAGUGGUACCUCUCCUUUAACAAUGGAAUCUGGUUGUUUUAAUGACGAAUGUGCUAAAAUAUAUUUUCUACAACUAUAGAAUCCAUACUUUAAAGUCUUGGAUUAUUCCCAUAUAUUCUCAUGGAACGUUUCCAACUUUGAAAAUUCUGGUAACCUUGUGUUCCCAUUGGGACCCAGUUCUUUCUGAGCCCCUCUUGACCUGGAGUGUUUUCAGUGAAGCUCCUCUUGGUCUCUGGUGUGAACUUUAAUACUAAUAACACCUCAGGAACCAAGACUGACAUCUCUUCUAUCACCCGUCUUCAGUAUUUUUAAAGCCAAAUGAAACAAUUUAGAUUCAAAUAACUCAUUAUGCUGAAUUUAAACAUGCAUCCUCAACACAGAUGGAGAUGGCAAAUGAUAAUAAGGGAUUCAAAACAAGAAGAAAUAAAAGCAAAAAAAACAAAAAAACAGAAGAACUGGGCUUAUAAACUAAAGAUGAAGAAGUUGUGCUUCCUGUCUGGGAAGCUUACUAAAUUCAAAACAGCAGAGUUCGUGUUUCAACCUCUAAACUAUACUUGUUCUGUUCUGUUUAUUAUAAUCUGCUAAUCCUAAAUAGCUAAGGGAAACUAAAACUGCACACCAAGCAAAAGCUCGACACUCAAAAGAAUAAAACUCACCAAGGUGGGCCAAGUGAGGAUGGCCAUCUACUUUUUAGGGGUGGCCAUAGCCCCCAUUUGGUGGCGCUCCUGUCCCCGUGAUGACAGAAGGAAUGGAAAAGGAACAGAAACUAAACAAAAAAGCUCUCAAAACGUGGAUAUCCUAACUGAGAUUAGUCAAGUCAACGAGGAAAUCUAAAUUCAACAAAACAAAACAAUAAACACAAAAACAUUCUCAUCCUUUAUGUUGCUGGAGCAACUAAGCAACUCAGAAAGAUUGUCUYCAAACACAAGCGCCUACAGUAUCUGUCUGACAGGGACUGGCUCAGUCCCGGAACAAAGUUCUCAAAACCGAGCGGCGUGGUGUCUGUUCAGAGUUGUAUAUUAGAGAAACUGAACAACCUCUACAUAGAAACUUGACUCAGCACAGCAGAACCAGCUCGUCAGGACAAGACUCAGUUGUUCAUCUACACCUUUAAGGAGAAAAGACACUCUUUGGUGGACCAAUGUGUUCAUAUCUUGAACCUGGAGUUUGUUUUCCUCGUGUUUGUGAAGGCUUCCUCCCUGUACUCCAGUUUUCUCCCGCGAUCUAAAAACAUUCAUUUUCGGUUGCCUUCAGGCCCAGGCCUCCCUUGCAAAAGAAAUCUGUGAUCUCAGUGGGAUUUGCCUGGUUAAAUAAAGGUCAAUAAAAAAAUAAAUCUCUCUGUGAGCCAUGCAAACAAGACCCUAACAACUCUUUGUUCUAAGAGGCGUGUGCAUGAGAAUCCAGGUUACGUAACUGAGCUUCUCAUGAGGUUUCAAAAGCUUGGAACAAGCUCACACUCUAGUUUGGAGUUGAGAAAGCUACUUGGAUCGAAAGUAAACAGUCUUCAACUUCAGAAUAUAAGUCUUUUUUUAUUUUCUUUUGAUUUCUAAGUCCUGGAUGACUGAGAAACUACACCAGCUUAUUGCCGUGCACUUUGGAAAGGACACAUUCGAAGUGGUACAGGAGUAUGAGAUGAUGUCAAGGAAACGUGCAAGUUACAGGAGCUUUUGUCCCAGAAGCAUAAGACUCAACUCCACCAUCAAAGGACAAAGAGCAGAAGGGAUACUUCUGAAAGCUCAAAACAAGCUGCUUAGUGAGAAAACAAGGCAGAUCCACCUCACCAUCGAAGCUCUGUCACCUGCCAGAAGCUGUCGACUCGUCUACCUCACGUUCUGACUAGAGUUUCUACAUUAGUCAAAAUAGAAGGCCCAGUUUUCACAUCAGAAAAGCAAGAAAGAACAAAAUAUAUGUUCUCAAAAUUACAACAAAGGUAUCUACAGCACAGAUCAGGAAGAUGUCACUAAUACAAAUAUUCAGGAAAAGGACACAAAUAUACUGGACAGAGCGCUUAUACAGCCAGAGGAGGUACUGAUGAAAGGACUGAAAGGUUGCCAUUUCUACACAAGAAAUACCCAUUGUUGAACUAAUCAGUGUCACUGAAUCUAUUAGGAACAACAACCUGACUGAAGCAGAGGGAAAAUAAAGGCAACAGCAGCCGUCUCUAGCACCAAGCCGCCUCCUUCCAACCUUAUAUCUGCUAGGAAUGUUUAGACCUCUAUACUGGAGAAAAUAAACACCCUCUCUGCAGACGCAUCAACACAGGAGAAGCAGCUCUUUAGGACAAGGCUCGUCCGUGCACCUACGGAAUUAAUGGACGACCAAAGAGGACCAAAAGAUUCUUUUUUUUUUUUGGACAGAGAAGCCAAUUGGUUUGAGACGGAGGUAAAGGAAGCCAUUUAUGUCAAAGCUUCCCUUUAGAUUACACCUUGAUGCAUGUGACCAAAACAUCUCUCUUAUAGUCGCGUUUUCGAGCGUUGAUGGCAUGCGCACCCCUACCAGCGGUGUUUAUACCUAACGCUUACAGGGUGCAGUAUUCUCUGAAAGGACAUGUGGCAGGACAUAACUUGUGAAAUGUCCUUAAAAAAAAGAAGAUGGACAAACAAUUUUCGACGCGCGAAUGGAGUUUAUACGAGUUGGGAGGUAUACGACCAGGUGCCGCAACACUGGGUGGGGUCAACUCACAGGGGGCAGGGAUGGCAUGAUUACAUUAACUAUAAACUAAGCUUUAUGAGCCUGACAAAGGAAGACCCUAACAACUCUUCACUGGGAGGGGAGCGAGAGUAAGCUUCAUGUAAAUCUAGGUUGCACAACUGAUAUUUUCCUGCUCCUCGCUCUACCAGUGUUUGGAAUUGAGAACGCUCCCCAGAUUGGGAAGCAAAAUGUCUUCAUCUUUAGAAUAUAAGUCCAGUUAAUGACUGAAAAAUCUACACCAGCAAGAGAAUGGGAAUAAAUAAAAACGGGCAGAAUAAAACAAGAAAAAGGUGUGUAGGGGUAUACUUUUAUUGUGAAGGAGCGUUUUAGCAUCGUCUCGUAAAAAAAGGGAAGAAGAGGUUGGUCCCAAACCUUUUUUAUGCACACACAUAUCCACACACAACCUCGCACCCAUCACCCAGUGACACUCACAAACGUCCAGAGUCGUAACCUCAGCUGUAAACCUGGCACUCUCUCUCUCUCUCUCUCUCUCUCUCUCUACGGGAGAAAGGGGGUGAGAACCGGCAGUUCUGACCUGCUCGUCAGAAUCCACGAUGAAUGUUAUCUCUUUAGGCACAAACAGCUCUUAGCUUCACUUCGCUGCAGCCAACUCGCCGGUCACUCUUCCAAAAAGGAUCCUCCUUCCCUCCCCUCCAAGCAGACGUACACACUGUUUGCAGUGGCCGCAGUAAAAGCCAUGGCAUGUGUGCGUGCGUGCGUGUUUGUGUGUCUGUGUGCUUGUGUCUGUGUGAGCGCGUGGACACUCCUCUGUGUGGAGGGAAUAGGUCUUCUUUUAUUCUCUCUCUUCCACUUUUCUCUGCAUCUUUCUCCCUGUCGAGUCCACACAACUAAAGCAAAGUUUAAGAAUUUUAAAAAAAUAAUUAUUGAUGACCUAUAUAAAUAUAUACAUGAAUAUAUAUAUAAAUAUAUAAAUAUAUAUAUAUCUUUUUUAUGACAAUUUCUAACAGGACUACGUCUGUAAAAAACAAAACAAACAAAAAAAAAAAAAGGCAUUUCCAAACAUAUUUUCCAUUGAUUUCUUUUUGGGUGAUGUUGCAUUUUUGGUUGUUGAGUUUGUUCAUAUUUCCCCCGUUUUAUUGUUGUAAAACAGCAAAAAGCUACGUGGAAAGAUUAAAAAAACAUUUAAAAGAACUCUAUCGUUCAAGAUGAUGUAAAGCAGACCUCCCACUCGAGCUUUGAACUGACAUAUAUGACAUGUUUCAAAAACUAAUUGAAAAAAAAAUCAUGUGCAAUGCAGCUGUGUGUCUCUGAGCGUGUGUGUGUGUAUGUGUGUGUGAAAGAAAGUGUCCGUCGUGUAUAAAAUAUAGAUGCUAUAUGAGGACUAUCCAUCCUUUCUAUCAGCUUAUGGUUAUAUUAAGUAUAAUACAAAAAUGGGUGCUUGUGUGUGUGCGUGUGAGAGAGCGCGUGUGAGACACACACAUAUGAAGAUGUAGUGCAAUACUGCUAUGAUGUUAUGCAAUGAAGAUGGUUUUUAUGUGUAAGAUUAAAAGAGUAUCUAUAAAGUUUGCACUAAUAUCAGCGGGACACAGAGUGAAAUGACUCGAGAUGAAGAUUUCAAGAGCAUGCGUUUGUUUGUUUAACUUAUGUGUUCUGAGUUAUAAGAGUGAAGGUUUUGAUGGAAAAUUUCAUAUCUAUUGUUUUUUUUUCCUUUUAUUUGUUUACUUGCUCCUCUCAGCACAAAGUGGAACUUAUGAGCCAAUAUCAAUUUUUUGCUUGAUCUUUAUUUAUUAUGAAGCCUCACUUGGUUUAUUUCCAAGUCUAAACAUGUUUUUUUUUUUUAAUUUAAUUUCCCCCACAAUAAGAGAGCUUUCGAGGCUGCAAAUGCUGUAAAUACAAAGUUGGGUUUCAGUGUGGCUUCUGGUUCACAGAUCAAAUUAUUUAUCAGAGCCACAGCCCUGUUUAACCUCUCAAAUGACAUGUACACACUCUGGGUGGGCAACACACACACACACACACAGGGACACACACAGAAUAUCAGCAUGUCCACACAUGCAUUUACAUUUACACACGGAUGGAACCACAGAAACUACAACACCCUCAUAAAUUGAAAAAUGUGUUCUCAGUUUUCUUUCUUCGAGGGUUCAAUGUAUUUCUUAAUCUCUCUCUCUCUCUCUCUCUCUCUCUCUCUCUCUCUCUCUCUCUCUCUCUCUCUCUCAGCCAUCCGUAUCAUAGUGUGAUAUUCCUUAUAAAGUAUAUGAAUUUUUACAGAAAAGACUGAUGACAAAGUUACGAAAGAGUUAACUGAUGCAGAAAAAUAUAUUCAGUAAUGACAAUAUGAAGCAAAAUAAAUAAAAAUGUUCCAGUUCA